AUGCAACUCAGCCGACAAGGCUUCAGUGGUGCUCAAGUGCGCCAAGGAUUCGAUGCAACUCAAGCUCGAACUCCACAAGCUGUGAAAACUGGAUAUUUUGAUAUGUCAAAUGUCUUUCACGAUGCUAUCAAGGGAAAGGAUGAGAACGGCAAUGAUGUCUAUCUUCUUCCAUGUCCUGCUGGUAUGACAAAUGUCAAACUUCAAGCCAACUGGCACUAUGCUAGUGAAGAUGAAGAUUUGCCUGAUCGAGGUCUGCAUGGUUAUACAAACACCACCAUUUGUAAUGGUGAGCUUAUGCAUGGACUCCGUCAUGCUGCGAAAGAACUUGACAUGCACAAUAACGUGGGCAGCAGAGUUCUCGACGAAGAAGGUUUUCUAGGAAGAUUUCCACCUCCAGUCUAUCACGAUGAAGAUGGAAUUGCCAAUGUACUUGCUAUGCGCGAGAUGAUUGCUGCGGGAUAUCGCAUUACUAUGGAUACUGAUGCUGACAAUGCCUUUAUUGUGCAUUGUGAUGGAAACCAAAAGAUGCGAUUUGUAAAUCGUAAGGGUGUGUAUGUGUUGGAGCAAAUUGGAGCGAAUGUCGAACCAGGUGCCAAAGAGACAAGUGCGAUGUACCGUCGCCAGUUAAGCAACUUAAAUAAUCAACCCCAUUUCAAACUUUCUUCAAACAAACAGAAUGGAUAUGCUGGACUUGAGAUGACCUCCAAGAUGGCAACCGUUCAAAAGAACAAGGAAGGAUUCACUCCAAGACAAGUCAAGGCUGCGAUGGAAGCGAGAAGUGCAAUGCACAUACUCAAUGCUCCAAGCACCAAAAGUCUGAAGUAUGUGAUUCAUGCCAAAGCAAUCUUUGGACCUGUCGCCUCUACAUUGAAAGGCAAGUCAACAAGACCAACUCCGAAGAAGAGGUACAACGACUUCUUCAGUCCACCAGAGGAAUUAUAUCACACAAUCGAUCUAUUACCGUCUGUAUUGAUCACUUGGAGAUCGAGAAUGCUAAGUUUCUCACCUGCAUUGAUACCACUGUGCGUUAUCGCUCAUGUAUUCCUGUGCAGAACCUGA